CUUAGGUAUAAAAGGGAAACAUGAAUAAGAACGAUGGAGCAGUAGCUUUGGAAAGUUAAGGAGAUCGAGACGUACGAGUCAACGUAUCAACAUGAAGAACAUCGCCUUGUUUACAUUUUGUAUUACAAUGUGCUUGUUACUUGAAGUGCAAGGGGAUUGCAAAGGUUAUCAAGGCAAGGAUCUCAGUGUGGGGACACAUUACAUAAAUUGCCUUCAGAUUACGUGCAACGCAGACGGAUCCAUAUCCGCACUCGGUUGCCCAGCAUACCAAUGCGCAGAAGGAUCGCAAAUUGGAUACCGUAAAACGGAUUUAAGUAAACCUUACCCAGAAUGUUGCGAGGGACCAAUUUGUGCGGAUUAAACUUGGAUGUAAACGACGAGUAAUAUGAGGGAGGAGGGGGAAGAGUACUUGGCCCAAUGAUGAUAUUUUAGAUAGAACGAUGCAAAGUUAAAUAAACCUGAACUAUGAACCACAGCUGUGUCACACUCACUUGAUAUUGUAUAAGUAAUAUAAAUGCGAACAAAAAAAUAAACGAUGAUAAAACGUACGCGUGUGAGGUACAGACACGAGAUGAGAUACACUUAAACUGAAGGCGCUCGCCUUGAAGCUUGAGCCUCAACUCCACACAAUCACUACAACGCAAUGGAGGAUGACUAAUGUUUGGAUCAUCAAUUCAAUGACACUUUAAGUAUUUGGCACGCGUACCCGUUCUUGUAUGCGCGAAAAAUAAAUACGACGUUGAUUUUUAUUGAUACUUCGUAAACAUGAAACUGAA